UGCUGGUGUUGUUGUUGUUGUUGUUGUUGUCGUUGUCGUUGUUGUUGUUCUUCUUGUUGUUGUUGUUGUUGUUGUCGUUGUCGUUGUCGUCGUCCUGCCGGGGUCGGCGGAUAGCAGUGCAGUACCUCUUCUUCCCUUACGCGCUCCCCCUUGCGUCGGCCGGGGUCGGCGGAUUAUAUAACAUGUAUAUAAUCGGUUACAGACGCACCUCACAUGGAUUUCAAAAACUAACGCCAUGCGACUUUGCAAUCUUGAUGCCAAGUCCGCAGCCAUUGUGGAGGUUUCGUUGUUUUCACACAUUUUUUCUGCAUUGGUUCUCAACAAUGCAGAGGUUGGGCUUUCUUUGAUGUGGCAGAAAUGCGAAAAAGGGGGCCACAGCUGGCCACAGCUGCCACCGGCUGGCCUUGGCAGGUGCCCCCGAGUUGGAGUUGCAGCAGGAGUGCUCCUCCUGAUGCUGGCACUCUUGGCUUUCACGCCCUCAAUGGAGGCACGCAGAAAUCUGCGUGGGAGCGCGCCGGAACAGAAAUGGAUGUUCCGUGGGCUCAUUGAUUUCAAGAAGGCGUUGAAAGCUGGUGUUGCUGACGUCAUCCACCAGGGUACGCAAGUGGCCACCUCUCUUGGGUUCGAAGAGGAGGGAGGUGCACCUGCUAAGCAGGUGAACACCACCGCUGGUGGAAAGUACCUGGUUGAGGAGCUUCUCAGCAACAAGAAACUCACGAAAGAGGUGAGACUGACUCCGACGCAGAUGGGGUGGGUUCAGCACGGGCGGAUCUUCAACAUCUACAUGAAGGAUGCGCAAGUUGGAGAUGCCACAAGAGUGUACAUUGGUCGAGAUGGAAACGUUCACUUCGAUAUUGAAGAUUUGGACGUGGGUGUUGAAUGCCAGUACGACCUUCGAUUGACCUCCUUAAACUUUGGUGAGACAGGCCGAGUAAAGGGAAGACUGAAGGGAAGCGGCAUGACAUUGCGCUUCCCCGAGAAAGGAGUUGGUAGAGGAAGCUGCGACUUCCAAAAAGGCUUGGACCUGGAGGUUCUUGAUGCGAUCAGUGACCGGGAUGCGAUGAACGUUGCAAUUGAUGACAUCUUGCAGCAGAAUUUGGUUGGCGUCCGCUCUGAAAUUGUGGAGGAGAUGGAGGACGGCCUGUGCCGGGCUCUCCUUGCACCUGAUAUCUUCGUGAAUGAUCCAAAAGCUGCGGUCCCCUUGCCAGCGCCGCGGUCAAUGUGGCCUCUUGUCGUAGGUGCGGUGUUGGUGCUGUUUGUUUUGCUUGUUGCAACUUUCUUCCUGGGCCGUUGCUCUGCGCAAGAGGAUUACUGCUCGCAGUCCAAAGUGUUGCGAGACGAGGAGGAGGGCAGCUCCGAAUCUGAGGGAGAUGUUAAUGAACUUGUCAAUUUUAAGCACAGCAGGUACCAUUGAUAUCACUGAAUUCAGUGACAUCACCGCGACGGCAUCAGGAUCAUCAGAUAGAUCGAUCUUGAAUGUUGGCGAGACUCACUGUGACAGAAACAAUGCAGCGAAAA